CGUCUAGGCACUCCGUUAGUACCCAUGCCGUGCAUUUGACCAGUACCUUCCCAUCAGGUACGCAGUGAUUAGGUACUUCCAUUGACUCUUAGUCUUAGUGCAUCUCAAAGUGCCCCACCAUCCGCAAUUGGCAUCCACACCUCACUCAUCCACCUAGUCCUGGGUAUCCGUACUUUUUCUUUCCUAGGCCCGGCCCUUCGUGUUGUCGUCGUUUCUUUCCUCUCGCUCCUCUUCCCCGCCAUCCGUUGUCAUCAUCGUCCUCUUUCGACUCCAGAGAAGCUGCAGACGACAAACAGUCACUGCCCGCAGCUACAGCCAAGCCCAUGGCUACCCCGUCUCCCGCCCGCGAUCCUCAGAAAGAGGACGUCAAAGUCCCAGGUACAAACGCCAUAUCCUUCCGUCUGUUCCGGCGCGCGCAACCCCGCCCUCGGUUCGUCUGUUGCGCAUGUCACAGUCAAACAAACAUUCACUCACCCAAUGUCCCACGUCCACGCUCACUCUCACACAUACGCUCAUACCCCAAGCCUGCAUCUUAUCCUCAACGCAGAUCCCGUCUUGUGCUGACCGCUGUGCGCAAUGCCUAGAAAUCACCCGCAAUCCUCCAGAUAAUCCAAAUCUCCACAAAGACGACAAGAUGCCCGCUCAAGAUGCACCCGCCGUCCGCUUCGCUUCUUCCGUCGAAGAGAUAACGCCAGCCGUCACCACGACAUCACCCACCGAGACUCUUUCUCCCACCGAUGCCGCUACCGGAGACGGCGAAGAGUCCUUGGCCGAAGUCACGCCCGAUCAGAUUAGAGCUCUCUCCAAGUCCCUUCAAGGUGCACCGUUGCAGCAGCGCCGGAUGAACGUCUUUGGCUUCGAGCCAUACUCACUACCUGCAUCACGCGUAAGUAGUCUGUUCCGUCAUAACUCUUUAGUUUAUGCGUGGUCUCGGAGCUUCUUGACGUUGUUUCCUGUUGGCUUGGGCGUCCGCCCUGAUGCCUUGUGUUUCAAAGUCUCAUACCUACCCCUCCACCCAACCAACACUGCCUCAACGUUCAGACUUGUCUUCCCCAAACAUCUCACCUCGUCUUCGCUAUAAUCAUCUGAGGCUUCUUCUCGAUGGAGCUCCUCGUCGGAACCUCCCAUGAUCAGUCUCAUGCUCAUCCCAGUUACCCCCCAACCUGUCAUGACAACACCACUCGGCCAUUGCAUCGCACGCGCCAGCCUGCACAACUUGCUUCUUACUAACCACCGGCACCUAUAGGUUGGCUCACGAGAGGAGGAAUCCGACAACAGUCGACUGCCAACCCCGAAUUCCAGCGGACCGAAAUCGCCGCGGUUUGGUCCGGCGCAUCCGAUGCAGUCACCUCCUCUGACCCCGGCGGGGACCGAUCCCUCAGACCCGACAGCCAGGAAGAGUAGAGAUCAAAAUGACGAACGCAAGUCAUCCACGAGCGACCCCCAUGUCAUCACUCCGCAGGCUUCGUCCUCCCAGGACUCACCACCAUCAUCCACCAGGAAGGAGUUGCCCGUCCGAGGCAAGUCGACGGAGGAGGUACCUCAGCGAUCAGCUUCGGCAGAAGACCAACCACACGACACGAGGUCGCACAGGAGGGGAAUGUUCUCUGUCGGUCCUGGAGGAUCAGUGCCGGUUUCGCGAGAAUCUAGUCCAUCUCGGGCCUCAUUGUACUACUCCAAGCCGAUGACACCAGGCGGAGAUGCCAACGACCCUUAUGCGGCUCACAAACGUCAACCGCCAGCUCCUGCUCCUCAGCGGGGCCAGAUCGAUUCAAGAUUCGUCUUCUCGCGCCGAAAAAACAAGCACGGAUCGUCGCCAUCUGGUUCUACCUCAAGUCUGGGCCGAGCAAGCGACAAAAGACACUCCGGGCUCUUGGGCAUGAAGGGACAUGGCGACGAGCUGCAGGUUCCUCACGAUGACUCGGCUAGCAUCACGAGCAGACAAGGCUCCUUUGCCGACCUGAAGAGGUUUUUCAAGGUUGGCGGACAUCACAAGAUGAAGAGGGAAGCUUCCCCAUCAUCGGUUCGAUCGGGCACCAAGACACCCCCUACCAGAGGGUCGCAACAUGUUCCCUUCGGAGACGACCACGGACUUACUUCGAAAUAUGGAAAGCUCGGCAGAGUCCUGGGAUCGGGUGCUGGAGGAUCUGUUCGUUUGAUGAAGCGCAGUGAUGACGGUGUCGUUUUCGCCGUGAAGGAAUUCCGACCGAGACAUUCAUAUGAAACUGAGAAAGAGUACGUCAAGAAGCUGACAGCUGAGUUUUGCGUUGGCUCAACUCUACACCAUGGCAAUGUUAUCGAGACAUUGGACAUUCUGCAGGAGAAGGGCAAGUGGUACGAGGUCAUGGAGUACGCUCCGUUUGACCUUUUCGCGUGUGUCAUGACGGGCAAGAUGACACGAGAGGAAGUCGGCUGCUGCUUCUUGCAGAUCCUCAACGGUGUGACAUAUUUACACAGCAUGGGUCUUGCUCAUCGGGAUUUGAAGCUUGACAACGUCGUGGUCAGUGAGCAUGGGAUUAUGAAAAUCAUCGACUUUGGUAGUGCCCACGUUUACAAGUAUCCUUUCGAGAGCGACAUUGUCCUCGCUUCAGGCAUCGUGGGCUCCGACCCCUAUCUAGCUCCUGAAGUUUACGACGAACGAAAAUAUGAUCCCCAAGCCGUCGAUAUUUGGUCAUUGGCAAUUAUCUUUUGCUGUAUGACAUUGCGCAGAUUUCCGUGGAAGGUCCCUCGCAUGACGGACAACUCGUUCAAGCUUUUCGCUGCUGAGCCAACACCAGGCCACGACCCUAAAAAGCUGAUCAUGCCGUCAAAGUCUGCCAACGACCUCUCCAACACUCCUCAGAGAGAUAUUUUCGAGGACGGUAAGCAUCAUAAUCACAAGCACGAGCCGAAAGAAAGCCAGAAGGAGAACCAAAAGGAGAACCAGAAGGACGUUCCCAAGGACGGCGAGGGGAGUGCAGCACAGGGAAGCUCGACGCAGACUUCGACUAAGUCUGACGGCCAGCAACCAGCCGACAAGAAAGAGGUCAUAAGAGGUCCCUGGAGGAUCUUGCGCCUGCUCCCUCGCGAGAGUCGUCACAUCAUUGGCCGCAUGCUGGAGAUCAAGGUGAAGGAUCGUGCGACGAUGCAAGAAAUUCUCGAUGAGCCCUGGGUUGCCAACACAAUUAUUUGCCAGCAACCCGAGCCGGGCCGCGUUGUACACGCAGAGGAUCACAUUCACACUCUUGAGCCACCACAGCCCCCGAAGUAGGGGUCACUGUACGGGUGCGGUGAACACAAAUUGCAUGUCCGAAAGGCGUUUAACCGGUUGUAGAUGGGGUUUUGGAAUGGGACAGGAUGUGGAAGACACUAGGAAUGACAUGAGCCCCUCGUGAUUGGGGACACAGCGAUGAUAUUGGAGCUUGGGUGGUAUCGGAGUCCGUCUUGAGGUUUUGUAGAUGCUGCUGCGGCUCCGCCCACGGCCUUGGAUCAAGCGAUUGAAUUAGAUAGGUAGAUAAUACUAUUCAGAAAAGACUCAAUGUGUUGGCC